AUUUAAUUCAAUACUCGUAUUUCAUCACUCAGUGCUAAGAUCGUCACAGAGAGCCAUUAGGGCAAAGUUUCUUUAUUUGUGUGUGCCAAUACCGUUAGCAUGGUUUGUUUUGAAAGCUCUUCCUUGAUGGUGCGUUCAAUAAAGACGACAGCAUCUGAAAUUUUAGAAUCUGCUUUGAAACAGGAAUCUUUUUCAUCCGAGCCCAGUCUAAACUCUCAAAUGUCACUGCAGCAGUGCAAAUGUAUAAAUAGAUAGGGCAACAGUAGGAUGUGGAUGAAACCACAAGAUAAUAGUAGGAUUGGCCUUCAGUCUGUGGUUAAGUUUGUCAGCACCGCUCUCCUUCCCUUUUUGGGUGGUCUAGCAGCAUAUUGUCUUCUUUCUAGUAUAUACUUUCUGUACUAAUUUAGUACUUUACAAUUACACCUUGGUGUUAAUUGGUUUUUUGUGCAUUGAUUCCCUUUUUGCAUAACACUUUGGACAUAGAGAUGACAACAAUGUGUGUGAUUGAGUGUGUGUUUGGGUAUUCCUUAGAAAAUGCAGCCACCAUGCACGCUAUGACUUUGAAGACCUUGAAUCCAAUAAGAGAGGUUUUGCAUCCAAUCACUGUCAUUCUUCCAUAUUCUCAAAGCCAAAGCAGUCCUUACUCUAAACUGCUUUGCCUGAGGGGAAUUUAUAUUCCACAAGCAUCUGUGGACAGAAGUGGAAGUUUCAUAGUCAGAAUGUUGUCGGUUUCUGCUCUUUAAACAUCUGAAAUGUCUGAUGAUAAAACAUACUGAACUUCUUUAAGUAUUCUGUUUAUCUAGUCUUUGAAGAUAUCAAUUUCCCCUCAUUUUCAGUUUCCACGCAGACUUAGGAAAUCCAGCACUUAACACUUUGCCAUUCUUUAGGCCCACUCAGUGGUCUGCUCCAUUGAGAUAUAAGCCCUCCCAAGAAAGCAGUGAGAAACAGCUGAGCGGCUCUCCUGGAUUUCGCUGACGCUGCGCCUGGUCCCGCCUGGCCUCCUCUAAGCAGGAUGGACACUCUGGAGUCAGAGCUGACCUGCCCAAUUUGCCUGGAGCUCUUUGAAGACCCGCUGCUGCUCCCCUGCGCCCACAGCCUGUGCUUCGGUUGUGCUCACCGCAUCCUCGUCUCCCAUUGCGCCACCAACGAAUCUGUUCAGAGCAUCGGCGCCUUCCAGUGCCCCACCUGUAGAUAUGUCAUUUCCCUGAGUCCUGAGCGUGGAUUAGAAGGACUUAAGAGAAACGUGACCUUGCAGAACAUUAUUGAUAGAGUUCAACGGGCCUCAUCUUCAGCUGGGCUCCCUCUACCGCUGCCUUUGCCCGCGCCCCACAGCGGGCCAAACUCUCCCGGAGAGGAAGGGAGCAACCGGUUGGCGCUCGUCCCCGUCAGUGCCGCCAUGUCCAGCCCAGGUACGCCUCCGGAGCCGGUCCAGUGCCAGUUCUGUGAGCAGGACCCACCACAGGAUGCUGUCAAGACAUGUGUGACGUGUGAGGUGUCAUACUGCGAGGAGUGUCUCCGCGCAACGCACCCUAACAAGAAGCCGUUCACCGGCCACCGGCUCAUCGAGCCCAUGCCGGACUCCCAUCUGCGAGGGCUCCAGUGCCUGGAGCACGAGGAGGAGAAGGUGAACAUGUACUGUGUCACUGAUGAUCAGCUGAUCUGCUCGCUGUGCAAACUGGUCGGAAGACACAGAGACCACCAAGUGGCAGCACUGAGUGACCGCUAUGAAAAACUCAGGCAAGCCCUGGAUACCAACCUGAGUAAUUUGAUUAAGAGGAACAACGAGCUGGAGUCACUUAUGGGGAAAUUGAUCCAGACUUGUCAACAUGUAGAGGUGAACGCGUCCCGCCAGGAGGGCAAGCUGCUGGACGAGUGUGAUCUCCUGAUUGACAUUAUUCAGCAGAGGAGGCAGAUCAUUGGCAGCAAGAUCAAGGAGGGGAAGGCACAAAGGCUUCGGAAGCUAGCCCAACAGAUCUCCAACUGCCAGCAGUGCAUCGAGAGGUCCUCGGCCCUCAUCACACAGGCCGAUCAAACGCUGAAAGAGACCGAUCACGCUCGCUUCCUGCAGACUGCCAAGAGCAUCAACGAGAGGGUUUCCAUGGCAACUGCAUCGACCCAAGUGCUGAUCCCUGAGAUACACCUCACCGAUACCUUCGACACCUUCGCCCUGGACUUCACCAGAGAGAAGAAGCUGUUGGAGAAUCUGGAUUACCUCACUGCUCCAAGUGCUCCGUCCAUAAGGGAGGAGUUGUGCACGGCUUCCUAUGACACCAUCUCCGUCCACUGGACGUCUGAUGAUGAAUUCACAGUGGUGUCUUAUGAGCUCCAGUAUGCCAUCUUUACUGGACAGUCCAACAUUGCCAGUCUGUGUAACUCAUUGGAGAGCUGGAUGAUUGUUCCCAACAUCAAGCAGAACCACUACACAGUGCACGGUCUGCAAAGCGGCACCAAGUAUAUCUUUGUUGUCAAGGCCAUUAACCAAGCGGGGAGCAGAAGCAGUGAACCGGGGACUCUGAAAACCAACAGCCAGCCAUUCAAGCUGGAUCCCAAAUCUGCUCACAAGAAGCUGAAGGUCUCACAUGAUAACCUGACAGUGGAGCGGGACGAAACCACGUCCAAGAAAGGCCACAACCAGGAACGUUUCACCAGCCAGAGCAGCUACGGCGUGGUAGGGAACGUCUACAUCGACAGUGGGCGCCACUACUGGGAGGCUCUGAUUGGAGGGAGCACAUGGUACGCUGUGGGUAUAGCCUACAAAUCAGCCCCCAAGCACGAGUGGAUCGGCAAGAACUCGGCCUCCUGGGUGCUCUGCCGUUGCAACAACUCCUGGGUGGUGCGCCACAACAGCAAGGAGCUGGCUAUUGAGCCUUCGCCCCACCUGCGGCGUGUCGGGGUUCUGUUAGACUACGACGCCGGCUACCUGACCUUCUACGAUGCCGUUGGCUCCCAGCACCUGCACACGUUUCAUGUCUCCUUUGUUCAGCCUGUGUGUCCUGUGUUCAACGUGUGGAACAAGUGUCUGACGAUCCUCACUGGUCUACCCAUCCCCGACCAUCUGGAGGGACUGGAACCCCAAGACUGAAAGCUAUAGACAGACAGAAUAAAUCAGCAUAAACUGGUCUUAUCUUAAAGCUGCAUUGGGCAAGAUUUGUGAAAAUGCUCAUCUUUGAACGGAGAACAGAGGAGACACCCAUGCUCUUUAAUUCAUACAAAUCCGCCCUAAUUGUCCAAAUUAAAUUCUUGUCUUGUGCACUUUCCUACUCAGCUAGAGAACUCUCUGUCCAAAGAAACUGAACUCAAAAGUGUUUGAUAUAUUUUUCUUUUCCAUUUGGUUUAUUUUGGCACAUACCAUUGCAAACUAACUAGUCAACAUGAGCAUGUAUGAGCAGAUAGCUUAAAGAUGGAACUCUUUCAAUCCAUACUUGCUACCAUUUGUGCAAAGUUGCCCAGUGCAGUGUAAAAAAGAGAGAAUAUGUGAUGCUUGGGGUAUUAUUUUACCAAGCUUCUCAAAAGUGAUUUUCAGUUAGGGACCAGAAUCUUAACAAGCAUAGUUUAUUAUAGUUUAUUAUGAUUUCUAAAAGCAAAUAUGAUGCUGGUUCGUGUUGUCUUUGACUCUUAAAGGCUUAGUGAAAAACCUGUUCUAGAUGGAUGACACAAGGUUGGAGUCGAUCCAGAGGAAACCAGGACAAAUGGACAGUGUUGGACCAGAAAUUCCUACUCUAAGGCACUUUGGGCUACGAUGGACAUGUUUGUACCAUGGCAACUAGGAAACAAGCCACAAGUCAGUUUCUAAUUUUUUUCUUUUUUUUUUUGAACACCACGUUAUCAGAUGGAGCACUUUGAAAAUCCUUGAAAUUAUCCACACAUACUUACACUACAGACACACAAACACAAUCAAACAUGUGCUAAUACACACACCACUAUAUACUACUUAAAUUAAUCACAGUUUCUGGAACAAGUGGUAUACAGGUGUAUAUUUUGUAAAUUCAUCGCAAUCCCCACCCACCCACCCACCUAUGUUUUCCCUUGUUCAUUAAAAAGGAACCAAAGUAGCCAUUGCUGUCUGUUCAGAUGCAUUUACAUAAAUUUUACUCUAAGUUAAUAAAUGCAGAAUUUUUUUAAAAAAGUGACAGAGAGGAAAUAGCGUUAUGCUAGUAUUAACUGCAGGAGUCCCAUAAAUGUAGAUGACGUCCUUGUUUUUGCACAUUGUUCAUACUUUAUUCAUGGUUUUGUAGAAAACGCCUAAAUAUCUUAACUCAUUUUGUGCAAUUAACAUGCAUUAAUAUUGGGAAAGUGUUGUGUUCUGUUUGACUUAUUGUGUUAAUUUCCUUUUUUGGCAGUCCGACAAGUCCUGCCAUUAUGAUUUUAUGUGAUACAUAAUAUGUGAGUUGUGUUACAGUUGUAGCCCGGGGUUAAUAUUGGAAUGAAGGGGGUGAAAUGCUUUUUUGCUGCAAUUUUUCUUUUUCUCUCACUUUUCUAUAAAACAAGCAUAUGGCUGUUUAGUGAGACAUACUGUACUGGUGUGCCAAUACUCCAGAACUAUUAAUUUGCUUGUGACAGAGAGUGUCUUCCCAUUUUAUCUUUUCAAAAUGUUUGAUUUUUUCCUGUCAUUUUCACACUGAGGUCUUAUUUCAUCAAAUCCACAUGCAACAUAUUAUUUGAAAAGGUUAAAAGUUCAGUUAAUCCUUGAAUAAAAACACACUUCAUUCACUUUAUUGAGACUACACCAUGCACAAGAGGCUGUCCUCAGACUUGUUGCACAAUGAUGAUGUCAGUAGGGUGCACCUCACUCUUCACUUCAGCCAUCGGCUGAUUCUUAUUUGUGAGCAUCUGAUGUUAACUUACUCCACAGUUGGAGAAUCCCCUGCAAUACCUGGCUGUAUUCCUGGAAUAUCAUCUUUAAAGUGGUUAGUCCACUUCAUCUUUGGGGAUUGACCAUCCACCCAUGAGCAGUCAAUUUCAAGCCGACUUGAUUAGAUUUUACAUAAUUCUUUGUUAUUUAAGAAGGGACAAAAAGGUCUAAAUAGGUAAUAUAAUGUUUAUUAAUGGAGGCAAAAUAAUGUUGAUGUGCAAUUUGCAUUUUUCUAGCACUUAUUGCCUCCACUUUCAUUCCACAAGAGAUAAAAAGCAUACCCCGCCUCCAGGUGGAGUAACAAGAGAUUCAGCCGCAAAGUCAAGACCAUUAAACUACCAAAAUGACAUCAUCAAUUCUAUAUUCUAUGAUUCAGUUUUGCUCUGUGUGUAAUAAUGUUUAACAGUGACAAAAAUGGAGAUCUUCAGUGUAAAUAGAAAGAUUUGGUUGUAUUUCUCAAUGUCGCUUUGUUUCAAUAACCGGUACACUAAAAAAGGUAUGGAGGACAAAUAACAGUUUAUUCUUUAAUUCAGUGUUUUCUUGGCAAUAAAUUGAACUGUAGCUAUGUUUUCAUUGUAUCUGAUACGAAUAUAUAGUGCUUUAUUUAAUGUUUCCAUUUGAACUUUAUGACCUUGGUGUUAUAUGUUCUGUCUCUGUGGACAUUUUUAUGGAAAAACAGGAUAUGAGUGCUUACAUCACUGUUGUCUGAGAUAAGUCUAUGAGAAGGUCAAAAAUAAAUGUUCCUUUUCAC